CUAUAUAAUCACUCAGUUGGCACUGGCGGCCUUGGACUGAAAAUCUCAUCCACACCUCUAUCUGUUUCCAAAUGGCUAAUUCUCAAUCUCUUCCUUUAUGUGAAAAAACACCCCUUAAAAUUAACACACUACAGAGAGCCCAGGAAAUUGCAAUUUUGUUCCUCUUCAUCUGUCUCCUUGUUUAUCGUCUCCUUUCCCUCACUGACCAUGGUUUUGUCUGGCUUCUUGCCUUCCUGUGUGAGUCUUGGUUUACCUUCAAUUGGGUUCUCACCCUCAUCAUCCAAUGGACCCCUGUUGAAUACAAAACUUACCCUCAAAACCUCUUGCAACAGGUGCCAGAGCUUCCUGCAGUGGACAUGUUUGUGACAACAGCAGAUGCAGAGCUAGAGCCGCCCAUCAUCACAGUGAACACAGUGCUCUCUCUUCUUGCUGUAGAUUAUCCAUCUCACAAGCUAGCUUGCUAUGUUUCUGAUGAUGGCUGCUCACCUCUCACCCUCUACUCUCUCACUGAAGCCUCUAAAUUUGCUCAGUUUUGGGUACCCUUUUGCAAAAAGUAUAAUAUUCAAGUUAGACCUCCAUUCCGAUACUUCUCUGGCAAUUCCAAAUUGCCGAGUGAUAAUCCAGUUGGGUUUCUACAAGAAUGGACAAAAAUGAAGGAUGAGUAUCAAAAGCUCUGCCAAAAAAUUGAAGUUGCUGUCCAAAAUUUGGCAACCCUUGAUUUUUCUGGAGACUAUGUGGAUUUUGCUGACAGAAGGAACCAUCCCACCAUAAUCAAGGUGCUCUCUCUCUCUGUGUUUGAAAGAUUGUCUUUUCAAUCACUAAUUGGGAUAAAGUUUGCACAGGUAAUAUGGGAGAACAAAGAAAGACUUUCAAAUAAUGGGGUGCCACAUUUAGUUUAUGUAGCCAGGGAGAAGCGUUCAGAUCAAUCACAUCACCACAAAGCUGGCGCCAUGAAUGUUUUGACCAGGGUCUCUGGUGUGAUGACAAAUGCUCCAUUUAUGUUGAACGUCGACUGCGAUAUGUAUGCCAACAAUUCAAAGAUCGUUCUGCAUGCGAUGUGCCUAUUGCUUGGCUUCAAGCAUGAAAAAGAAGGUGCAUUUGUUCAGUGUCCACAAAUGUUCUACGACACUUUGAAAGAUGAUCCAUUUGGAAACCAACUGGUUCUCCCUCUAAAAACAUCUUGGCCAGGGUUCGCUGGGAUGCAAGGACCUCUCUAUGCAGGGACCGGAUGUUUUCAAAGACGUAAAGUUAUCUACGGUUUUUCCUUGAUAGAUAGUGAAGGAAAUCUGAGGGAUGUGGCAUUGGAUAAAGAAAGGUUUGGAAAUUCCACGGAGUUGAUCGAAUCAGCAACUCAUACUUCAUCAGAGAAAAUUGAUCAUCCUCAUGACCUUUCCAGUGCUGUUGAGGCAGCCAACCAAGUUGCUGGUUCUUCGUACGAGCACAGUACAUUGUGGGGGACAAAGGUAGGCUGGGUUUAUGGGUCAGUCACAGAAGAUAUCCUAACUGGGAUGAAGAUCCAUGCAAGGGGCUGGAAGUCUAUCUUAUGCAUGCCAGACCCACCAGGCUUUAUGGGUUCUGCACCCUCAUCUUCUCAUGUUAUGUUGACCCAAAGGAAGAGAUGGGUCACAGGCCUCCUAGAAAUUUUGUUCAGCAAAAAUAAUCCCAUCUUUGCUACCCUCUAUGCUAAGUUGGAGUUUAGGCAGUGCUUGGCCUACACGACCGUGCUAAUUUGGGGCCUAAAUUCUAUUCCUGAUCUAUGCUAUACUAUACUGCCAGCCUACUGUAUCAUCACCAACUCACAUUUCUUGCCCAAGGUCAAAGAACCGGCUCUCAUAUUCUUCGUUGCCGUGUUUCUAAUGAAGAUUCUGUACACCCUACGUUUUUACCUGGGAUUUGGCCUAUCAAUCAAGCAAUGGUGGAACCAUGUGAGAAUGGGGCCAUCGGGGAAAAUACCCUAUGUAACUGCAUCGCUAUUUGGAGUUGUAACCCUGGCAUUCAAGCUUUUGGGUAUAUCUGAGGUGGCAUUUGAAGUCACACAGAAGGACCAAUAUUCCUCUUCAAGUGAUGACCAAGAAGAUGAUGUCAAUGCUGGUAGGUUCACUUUUGAUGAGUCUCCAAUAUUUGUGCCGGCCACAACUCUCCUGUUUGUGCACUUCACAGCCCUAGCCAUGGGCUUGUUUGGGAUGCAACCACCGGCUCAUGGUGCGGAUGGGGCGGGGCUAGGUGAGAUGAUGUGCUGUGUUUGGGUGGUGCUAUGUUUUUGGCCAUUUCUCAAAGGGUUGUUUGGGAAGGGCAAAUAUGGAAUUCCAAUGCCUACUAUAUUCAAAUCAGCUGCCUUGGCCUUGCUUUUCAUGCACUUCUGUGGAAGGAUCCCUCUGCCACUGCGCCGCUGAUGGACUAUAGUUCCCCUUGGAUAGGCUAUAUGAUAAAUUUUCCCUUAUUGUUAUUGUUUUUCCUAAUUGUAUUUUGUUUGAAUAAGGAAAAUACUUUCCUCCUUAUCAUGUAAAUAGGAGAUUCUACAUUAUUAUGAAUAGGAGUAUGACGUGUGUGCAUAAGUUUUUCUUUUUAUAUU